AAACCAUAUGUUUGCAAGAUACCGGGCUGCACGAAGCGCUACACAGACCCCAGUUCUCUCCGGAAACACGUGAAGACGGUGCAUGGCCCAGAGGCACACGUCACCAAGAAGCAGCGGGGAGAUAUCCACCCGAGGCCUCCACCACCGAGAGACCCAGGCAGCCACUCUCAGACCCGGUCGCCAGGCCAUCAGACUCAGGGUGCUAUUGGUGAGCAGAAGGACCUCAGCAACACUACCUCAAAGCGUGAAGAAUGCCUCCAAGUGAAAGCAGUCAAGUCGGAAAAACCAAUGACAUCUCAGCCAAGCCCUGGUGGUCAGUCUACAUGCAGCAGCGAACAGUCCCCCAUCAGCACCUAUUCCAACAAUGGGAUCGAGCUUACUCUGACCAGUGGUGGUAGUGUAGGAGACCUCAGUGUCAUCGAUGAAACCCCAAUCAUGGACUCUACCAUUUCCACAGCCACCACAGCACUUGGCUUACAGGCCAGGAGGAAUAUGACAGGGACCAAAUGGAUGGAGCAAGUGAAAUUAGAAAGGUUGAAACAAGUUAAUGGAAUGCUUCCAAGACUGAACCCCAUUCCACCUUCCAAAGCCCCGACCUUGCCGCCUCUCAUAGGAAAUGGUACCCAGUCGAACAGCAGCUGCAGUGUAGGAGGAUCCAUGACCAUUUUGCCGAACAGGAAUGAACUUUCAAGUACAGACAUCACUGUGUUGAACAUGCUGAACAGGAGGGACAGCAACACUAGCACAAUCAGUUCAGCCUACUUGAGCAGCCGCAGGUCCUCUGGGAUCUCACCUUGCUUCUCCAGCCGGAGGUCCAGCGACGCCUCGCAGGCAGAGGGAAGGCCUCAGAACGUGAGCGUUGCAGACUCCUAUGACCCCAUCUCGACAGAUGCCUCCCGGCGCUCCAGUGAAGCGAGCCAGUGCGAUGAUCUGCCAAGUCUUCUCAGCCUCACCCCGGCCCAGCAAUACAGGCUGAAAGCAAAAUACGCAGCAGCUACUGGUGGUCCCCCACCAACUCCACUGCCUAACAUGGAGAGGAUGAGCCUCAAAACAAGGAUGGCACUCUUGAGUGACUGCAGGGAGUCCGGAGUAUCUCCACUGCCUCCAGUGAAUGCCCCUCGAAGAUGUAGUGACGGUGGGGCAAAUGGUUACAGCAGGAGACAUUUUCUGUCUCACGAUGCCCUAGGAAAUGGGACAAGGAGAGCCAGUGAUCCCGUAAGAAUGGCCUCUGACAACGUCUCUGUCCCUAGAGUCCAGCGUUUCAACAGUCUUAAUAGCUUUAACCCUCCUGCUUUGCCUCCAUCCAUGGAAAAGCGCAACCUUGUUCUUCAGAACUAUACCCGUUCUGAGGGUGGCGUCUUCCGCAGCUUCAGCUCCCCCUGUCCUCCAAGCAUCAGUGAGAACGUCGCCCUGGAGGCUGCUACCAUGGAAGCAGGUGGCAGUCUGAAUGAUGAGGAUCUCCUGCCAGACGACGUGGUUCAGUAUCUGAAUUCUCAGAACCAGGGCAUGUACGACCACUUGUUGAACAACAUCCUAGACAGCAACAAAAUGCAUCACAGCUCAGCGUUAGGAAACAACAACCCCAGCAGUUUUGACCAAGCCCCUCCACCAAGCAGUCAGCAGGCAGGUUCCGAGGCAAACAAGAGCGACUUGCCCAUUCAGUGGAAUGAAGUAAGCUCAGGAAGUUCUGACUUAUCUCCUCCAAAACUGAAAUGCGGCCAGCGCUCAGUGGUGCAGCAGAGUCGGGCCUUCGGACUGUAUAACAACAUGAUGAUUCAGCAGCAGGAGCUGGAGAGGAGCAAUGUGGCCCAGCAGAACAACUAUCAGAACCUGGUAGAGAACAGCAGCUCCUACGGUUUACAGCCAAACAUGGUUCUUGGCAGUGGAGCCAGUAGUUCCAUCAGCAUGCAGCCCAAUAAGCCUUACAGCGAAAACAUCGUCAGGCAAGCAAUGAUGUCUGGGGCGACGGACAAUUCCUGUGGCGUCACAGUUCAAGGGCAGAAGCUGAGAAGCAGCAACGUGCCAGUGAGUGGGAACCAGCCAAACUUCGGCCAUCCCAUGGCAUCCAGCGAGCAACCUGCCAGUAUGGCAAAUGGGAUGCAGAACAGGAAUAUGAUGGAACAGGAAUAUUUGCAAAAUCAACCAGUCGGAGAUGGUGUUCAUUACCAGGGAGUUAGUCAAUCCAGUCAAAUGAUGCUAGGGCAGGUUAGUCCUACCUCACAAAGCAGCCUGUAUCAAGGGCCGCAGAAUUUUCCACCAGUGUCUCACACGAUUGGUAGCCAGCCUUCGGGUUUGUUGGUGGCCAAAAGUUACCAGCCGUGCUCUAAUUACAGCGGCAACAGGCGGCAGAACGUGUUGAGAAACAACCUGGCACAACAGCAAGGACACAUGAGUGAUGGCAACCAGACAUACAGGGUAAACAACGUUAAGAUGGAGAUGCAAGGUCAAUCACAGCAGUUCUGCUCUAACGUGCAGAAUUACUCUGGUCAGUUGUAUGACCAAACCACGGGCUUUAGCCACCAAGCUAUGAAAACAGGUUCUUUCUUUGGUUCGGAAGCUAACUGCCUGCUGCAGGGGACUGCGACUGCAAACUCAUCCGAGCUUCUUUCCCCGGAGGCUAACCAAGUGUCGAGCACAGUUGACAGCAUCGACAGCAACAGCCUAGAGGCUGUGCAGAUUGAUUUUGAUGCUAUCAUAGAUGAUGGGGAUCACGUCAGCUUGAUUUCAGGAGCCCUGAGCCCGAGUAUCAUUCAGAAUCUCUCCCGCAAUUCUUCACGCCUCACCACUCCCCGAGCGUCUCUUACAUUCCCAGCUAUGCCCGUAAGCACAACCAACAUGGCUAUUGGGGACAUGAGCUCUUUGUUGACCUCACUUGCAGAAGAAAGCAAGUUUCUUGCUGUUAUGCAAUAGACAU